UACUUCAGUGUUUACACGAUCGCAGCACGCUAUCAAACAUCAUGGCGAUACUUAUACACAGCUAUAAACAGCUUAUGAACGGAAUGUAAAGUUACCAUUAGCAACGUUAAAGCCGUCAGCUGGUUUGUUGUGUAAAUUUCCCACGUGCUUACUCAGCACUGUCAGUAGCUGGGCAUUGUACACCAGAGUGCUGCGGUGUCUGUGGAAUCCGAACGCAGCGGAGAGGCCUUCCUCGUCAUUGACGACAAAGUUGGGACAGAGAUGGCCAUGCAGGCGGGACUGGACGCGCAUAUAGUGAUCGUCGGCUGCGGAAUUUCAGGGAUCGGGGCUGCGCUCAAGCUCACCCAGCACGGCUUCAAAAACGUGAAGAUACUGGAAGCUAGCGGAAGAAGUGGAGGUAGAAUAAAAAGCACCACGUUCGGCAAUGGAAUUGUGGAAAUUGGAGCCAACUGGAUUCAUGGACCAUCCAAAGAAAAUCCUGUCUUUAGACUGGCAUGUGAGCACAAACUUCUCGAUGACAAGUCAAUGUCUGAAGAAAAUCAAGCAGUUGAUGUUGGUGGUCAUCCCCCUUUUCUUCCAGUUUUCUACAGCAGUUCAGGAAAAAGGCUAGGACCUGAAAUAGUUGAGCCUGCAAGUCAACUGUUCUCAUCUCUUUUGACAAAGAGUCAUGACUUUUUUGGAACAGAAACAGAGCCAUAUCCAAGUGUUGGGGAAUAUGUGAAAAAGGAGAUUAUGCACCACGCUGCUCAGUGGAAGGAUGAUGCUGAAACAAAACGACUAAAGAUGGCCAUAUUAAGCACAAUGCUAAAACUGGAGUGCUCUAUAUGUGGGUCUCACAGUAUGGAUCUGGUAGGACUUGGUAGUUUUGGAAGUUACCAGACUCUGCCAGGAAUCGAUUGUACUUUUCCUGGUGGCUAUGAAAGUCUAAUACAUGCACUGAUGAAAGGACUUCCUCAAGGCAUAGUUUCGUAUAAUACACCAGUUAAAUGUGUCCACUGGAAUAGUUCAUUUAGACCAGCACAGCCUUCAGAGCUGACAUACCCUGUUAUGGUGGAAUGCGAAAAUGGAGAAGUUGUUCCUGCUGACCAUGUUAUAGUGACUGCUUCCUUAGGAUACCUCAAACAAUAUUUCCAAACAUUUCUGAAUCCUCCAUUACCCCUACAUAAAGCACAUUCCAUUCAAAGGAUGGGCUUUGGCACUAAUAAUAAAAUAUUCUUAGAAUUUGAGAAGCCAUUUUGGGAUCCUAGCUGCCAAGUCAUUAGCCUGGUCUGGGAAGAUGAAAACAGUCUUUAUGAUGCAACACCUGAUGUUAAGAAGUUUUGGGUGAAGAAGCUAUUUGGGUUUACAGUUCAGCAUUCUGAUGAAAGGCUUGGCCAUGUACUUUGUGGCUGGAUUGCAGGUCAUGAAUCUGAAUACAUGGAAGAACUUUCAGAUGCAGAGGUUAAAGAAUCCUUGACAGAAGUUCUUCGUAGAUUCACAGGAGACUCAACUAUUACUCCAAAGAGAGUUUUUCGCUCCAAAUGGCACAGUGAUCUUUAUACUAGGGGAUCAUACAGUUAUGUAUCGGUUGGAUGUUCAAUGAGUGACAUAGAUAACAUUGGGCAGCCACUUCCAUUGCCUGGAAGUAACUCAAGGCCAUUUCAGGUUCUGUUUGCUGGAGAAGCCACUCACCCAUCUUUUUAUUCCACUACCCAUGGUGCUUUGCUGUCUGGAUGGAGAGAAGCUGACAGAUUAAUAUCUUACUUCGCUCCAUCAGUUCCUGAGACUGGAAGUCUCAAUUCAAAGCUGUGAAGACAAUGCUAUUAAUUAUAAUUGUCUCUGAAAUUGAAAAGUUUUAUUUUCCUAGUGUUAAAUAUAUAUUCUGAUUCAGUGCCUUGGAUGCUGUGUAGUCUUUCAAAUUCUUUUUUUCUUAAUAUUUUAUUAUUUGAACUAGCAAAACUCAUCACAAAUGACAAGGAAGAGCAAAAGAAAAUAACUUGUGAAUUUCCUUUUUUUUUCAUUAAUGAAGCCACCUUUAAUAAAUGACUAGCUGUACCCAUGCUGCAAGUGUCUGCACGCUCCUGAUUAUAAAAUCUCCUACACUGAGUACACUUUGUAUCUGGUGUGUCUGCCUGACAUGUCGUGACCGAAUGAGCUGACUUUAGUGAGCAGCUUCUUGUACCCUUGCAGCAGUAGCUCCCCAAAGUAUCUGACUGAAACACUACGACUGACAAAGCAUCCUUCUUUCUUCAGCAGUUGGAAAGUUACCCUUUUCCACUUUUUUAGUGUUUCAGUAUUUCUUCUGAGAUGCUGCAUUGCUUUCAUUUUAUUAGCUUUGACUAUGAAUGAGAUGGGCCAUUACCCCAAUCUGCAUUCUUUUUAAUUGAUCCUACAUACAUGUAUAAAAUAAAAACAAUUUACAUUUUUAAGUGAGGGUAACCCACAGAUGAACAGACUAUGUAAACAUUUCUUAGCAUUUCUUUGUCUUUAAUGGUGAAGCUUUCAAGUCCUUCUAGACAACAUCUAAUCUUUAACUCAUUUUAAAGUCAGCUUAUAAAACAUAUUCUGCUUUCAGUAAUCCUGGGCCACUAUAAGGUAUUCCUCCAAUGUCAGUAUUAUAUUACUCUUUUGAAACUUUCCAGUUAUAAUCUACAUUAAGGUAUGUUCAUUUUUGCUUUUAGCAACACCUUUUGUUUAGAAUAAAAAAUACCCGUAAGGGAGAGUAAUGCACAGAUAGACAGACAUACAUACACUGGCUGUUGUGUACAGCUCAGCACACACAGAUAUAACAAAGCAAAAUAUAUUUUCAUUGAAAUACAGACAUAUUUCACAUAAAAUUAUUAUGUUCAAGAAUAUUGACAAGAUUACUGUGAUUAUUAUGUAAUGAUUUUUAGAUAAAUAUCCCUGCUCAUUAUUUGCACUUUUGUAUCACUUCAGAUUUUUUUAAGUAUUUUAAAAGCAUAGCAACUUUCUAAAAUUGUAUUAAUACACAUUUAUACCUCAGAGUUGUUAUACACUUAUAAGAUCUGCCCAUUUUACAAAUUUUAAAUU